AUGGGUUGCUUGAGAGAUUUCAAAAGAAGUUCGCUGGCUGGAAAGGGAACCUUCCUAGCUUGGCAAGCAAGAUACAACUUGUUAUUCAAGAUACCUGGGGUGAUUGCUAAAACAAUUGAAAGGAUCCAAAGGAGGUUCCUAUGUUCAGAAAAUGUGGAAGAGCCAAGCCAUGCAUCAUUAUAUGACACUGAAAAUAAGGUGGUUAAAUCAUGGACUGUAGCUUUUGCUUUCAAGGCACAGUACAAGUUAGUCACUACAGCUUUUGUUCCAGCAAUCGGAAGUGUUGUGACGAUUUGUGUUGCACUGAUGGGCGCGAAAGUGAGACGGCUUUGGCAUCAUGGUAAUAACGUGGGCUUGACAUUCUAUGUUCAGUGUGCUUUUGUCAUAAUAGGAUGGAUCGUCAUUGUUUACAGAUGGUUUAACAUGUUGUUUUCUCAUCAAUUUUCAACAAAUAAGAUGCUUUCUGAUGUCAAACGCUUUACAGAUCGCUCAUUUACAGUGCUCUCUAUUUCUAUCAUAAAUGUAUUCGAGCGUAUACCCUUCCCUAUUGUAAGAGCAGUAGUGACUAUAGCACAUAUUGUCAGUAAGGUAUUAGUGUCAGUUUAUCACAUAAGCUACUUUUGUUGGGGUUUGUCGGCUUGUUUGGUCUCUCUUUGGGAUUGUCUGGUGAAGCUAAAUGAGAGGAAAAAUGAGGGGUUGGCAGCGACAGAUAAGGGUGGAGAAGAGCAGUCUGAUAAAAUUUUGAGGCAAAUGGUGGUAAGUCGAACGAUAAAAUAUGAUCGUGAGAAGAAACUUAAUGUAACAUCUUAUGAGCCAAUAGAGGGUCUCAUGAAAAGAGCUUAUAAAACAUCCUAUGAGCCAAUAAAGGAUCGCUUGAAAAAAGCUGAAGAAGAAAUAGGGAACUGCACAGAAUUGCAGAGAGCAAUCAAGAGUAGCAAGAACGUCGCAAGGUUUGAAAACAAGCGGCUGUGGAAGAUGAGAGCAGUGGCUAUAAUCGAGAUCAUGGUGUUGUUAAGAAAGAAUGGUUGUGAAAUGGAUAUUGUGGAUAGUAAAAUUAAAGCAUAUAAGCAAGCUGUGGAUCUGCUGGAAUUUCUUGACUGCCCCGAGAAUUUAACCAUUGACUAUAUGAAUCUAUUUGGGACGUGCAACUUUGGAGCAGCUGCGGCAAGUUUAGCGGCUGACUACUACAUGCUUAAGAUAAAAAGAUCACCCAAAGUCAAGGAUGAUAAGAUGCUCUCAGAACCCUCCACUGAAAGAUUUAAAGAUGUCCGUCAAACACUUGAGAAGUAUAGAGAAAGUCCAGCAAGCUCCAAUGAAACAACUACAUAAUUAUUUCAAUUUGCGGAAAGGCUUGCUCAAAGAAUUUGGCAAAAUUCAACUUAUCUGGGAAAAAUUCGAAAACUGUCUCGCUUUGAAUGGGGCAGACAAUGAUAGUAUUGCUCUGUUAUGGGAGUUCUGUAAUUGGCUGCGGUUCUAGACUGUGGGCGAAUGGCUGGCUGGACGACUCUUGCCUGUGGCUAAAUGGAUGUGGGGAUGCCUCUCCUCUGUGGCUAAAUGACUGUGGGGAUGCCUCUCGUCUGUGGCUAAACGGCUGUGGGGGUGGCUCUCGCCUGUGGCUAAAUGGUUGUGGGGGUGGCUCUCGCCUGUGGCUAAAUGUGAAACCGACCUUGUGCUUAUCUGAAUGCUUAUGCAAUACCCAUUACGGAUCAAUCAAAAACCCUCUGCUUGCAGGAUGUUUCCAGUUAUAUCUUAGAGCCUGAGCCUAAAAGUAUGUAUGAAUUGAAAGAGAGGGUAAUUGUGUGCUUCGAUGAUCUUCUUGCUAGCUGUGUCCAAGCAAUACCCGAAGUGUUGGUAGAAUACUCCAACCAGUGGGCCAGAGAAUUAGAGGAAGAGAAGAUAAGUAAAGCGCUUGAGGUAGCAGCAAAGGUUACCCAACUGAAGAAAAUGAUCGACCAAACAGAAAAGGAUGAAAGGAAUAGUGAAGAUAUUGAGGUGAAGACAGGGUAAAACUGACGAAGAGGGUGCAGCAAAACCUACUCAAGCUGAAAGGGAUUAUGAUAGUAAACCUGAAAUUCAGAUCAAGGAGGAGGGUCAAAGAUUCCGAGGAUCGACUUGUGCUCAACGAAUGUGUCAAGGUGCAGAUUUAUCAGUUUUCCAUGAUUGAACUGAGAUAUAGUAAGUGUUAUUUCCAUUUAAGAUUAGUAUGGGUCAUGUCAAGUCAAGAUAAAGUCUUAUAGUCCAAGUCAAGUUAUUGCUCAAAUUACAAGUCAUUGGUAUAGCAUGCGAAGUCUGUAUUGUCUACACCUAGAAUUUGAUGGUCACUCUUAU